AUAAUUUCCAGCCUCUUCCGGUUUCGACUGUCAAUUGUUGUGGUGUUUUUCACACGAGACAAACUUCGGAGAUAACCUAAAAUGGCCAAGUCCAAGAAUCAUACAAAUCACAAUCAGAAUCGCAAAGCUCAUCGCAAUGGUAUCAAACGCCCAACGAGGAAACUGCAUGAGUCUACGCUUGGUAUGUGCGCCAAAUUCCUCCGGAAUCAGCGGUUCGCCAAGAAGGGUAAUGUCCCCAGGUCAGAAGCCUUGAAACGCUAUGAGGAGCGUAAGAAGGCCAACAAGCCCAAACCCAUCAAGCUAUAAGAUGGAAUAAUUCCUCAAUGAAAUAAAGA